CCCACCUCCCCCGGAUGAAAUAGUGCCUUGUUUGAUAACACUUGGUUUUCUGCUUCCCUACCAACCUGAGAGCCCCUGGCUUCUCAGCCAGUGCAAACAACUUGUAUCAUGCACUCAGUUUUCACUCCUCUUCUCAUUGAUUUCAGCUACUGUCUUGCUCAAGGGCUUUCCCACCUUUACCCCUACCUCCCCUUUUUUGUUAUACAGAGACAUCAUGUCCAUUUAUAAGGAGCCUCCGCCUGGAAUGUUUGUUGUGCCUGAUCCCCUUGACAUGACUAAGAUUCAUGCAUUGAUCACAGGCCCAUUUGACACUCCUUAUGAAGGGGGUUUCUUCUUGUUCGUGUUUCGCUGUCCUCCAGAUUAUCCUAUCCACCCACCACGGGUCAAACUGAUGACAACGGGCAAUAACACAGUGAGGUUUAACCCCAACUUCUACCGCAAUGGGAAAGUCUGCCUGAGUAUUCUGGGUACUUGGACUGGCCCUGCCUGGAGCCCAGCCCAGAGUAUCUCCUCCGUGCUUAUCUCCAUCCAGUCACUAAUGACUGAAAACCCCUACCACAAUGAGCCUGGCUUUGAGCAGGAGAGACACCCAGGAGACAGCAAAAACUACAAUGAGUGCAUCCGGCAUGAAACCAUUAGAGUGGCAGUCUGUGACAUGUUGGAAGGGAAGUGUCCCUGCCCUGAGCCCCUAAGGGGUGUAAUGGAGAAGUCCUUUAUGGAGUAUUAUGACUUCUAUGAGGUGGUGUGCAAAGACCGACUACACCUCCAGGGCCAGACAAUGCAGGACCCUUUUGGGGAGAAGCGGGGCCACUUUGACUACCAAUCUCUCUUGACUCGCCUCGGGGCAAUUCGCCUGAAGGUACAGGAGAAACACCAGCAGGACAGUGCUGAAAUAGACUCUGACAGCAGUUCAUCUGAAACAGAGACAGACACACAGGGGAGCUCAAGGGCCUAGACCUCCCCAACCCUAUCCCUGGGAUGGAGCGGCACCACAUCUCCCUCCAGCCCCAACAGCAUCCUGCCUGAGGCAAGAACCAAGGACACUCAGACCCCAGGGUGGGAGUGGGCUGUUUGCAACUUUCUUGGCAUCCUGGUACCAAGGACCAUUUUCAUCCCAUGCCUAGGGCCAAUCCCAAGGUACUGAUACAGGAGAGCCUGGAGCAUGGUUCUCUGGCAAAAACUGACGGACAUUUCCACUGGGGCAGUUUGUUGGGGAUAGAAGGCAAAGACUACAACUCCCAGAG